AUGUCAGACACCCUCGUCUCCACGCUCAGAUACGCCAAUGCCGACAGCGAGGCCCUCAAGGAGGAAAAGGCCUACAUACUAAACUACACGGCGCCGCCCGGCCUGCCCAAGAGCAACUUCAAGAUAGAUUUCGUGCCCGACAUCACCAUCCGCAACCUGCGGACCGCGGACCUGACCUGGGACGAGAGCGGCAUCCGGCUGGCGAGGCUCAGCAGCUGCAUGCCCAAGCAGGAUUUCGAGGACGAGGCCAAGAUCGAGAGCGAGUACCUCGCCACCGUUCACGAGUGCCUCAAGAGGACCCUCGGGGCCCAAGAGGUCUGCAUCUUUGACUACAUGGUCAGGCGGCGCGAGCCCGCGUUCCCAUACCAGCCAAAGUCCAUGGACAACGCGCCGCAGCCGGCACUCUCGGCGCACAUUGAUUACACCACCGAUGAGAUCAAGGGCCGCGUGCUCAAGUACUUUCAAGAAAAGGCGGCGGCCUAUUCACAGCGGCAUUUUCAGAUAGUCAACGUCUGGAAGCCCCUCAACGGCCCGCUGCGAGACUACCCGAUGGCAUACUGCGACGCCAAGACCAUGGACCCCAGCACCGACCUGCUGACGGUCGACGAGGUGUUCCCGACCGUGGCCAACGAGGUGUACCAGGUGCUGUACAGCCCUCGGCACCAGUGGUACUGGAUCCCCGACCAGCAGGUGGACGAGGUCGCCAUCUUUGCCGGCUACGACUCCAGGAGGGGCCAGGCCGUGGCCGUGCCGCACUGCUCGUUCGACCUAGGCGAGGCCAGCGCUGGCGACCCUCGCGAAAGCAUCGAGGUUCGGGCGUUUGUAUUUUACGGUGACGCGUAA